AUGCGUUGCGCUGCCAUCAUCGUCAGCUUUGCCGCUGCCUUGGCUUCGGUAUGUAGCACUGUUGACCUAGCAUCGGCACAAUUACUGACGGGGACAUUGCACAGGCCCAAACCACAACUGUCGCCGCCACCGACCCUGUCGUCGUCGCUUAGCUCGCUGCUCUCCAGCAGCAGCUCCGUGGCGUCGCACUCGAGCUCGGUGCUGUCGUCCAUCACGUCAGACGCCAGCUCGCAGAUCAGGUCCGUCACCAGCGAGGCCAGCGACCGCCUGUCGUCGUACUCUUCGGUGCUCGCCACGGCCACGGGCUCGGCCCGCGACUCGCUGACCUCGGAGAUCGCCUCGUACACGAGCUCCGUCGGUUCGGCCGUCAGCUCCGCCAGCAACGCCGCCAGCUCCACGGCCGCCACCGCCACCAGCCCCAACGCCGCCGCCCCCAUGAAGACGGGUGCCAUGGCUGUCGGCGCCCUGUUCGGCGGCGCCGCCAUGCUGGCCAACUUUUAA